AUGUCGUGCGUUGAACUGCCACAAGCGGCGUCGUCGCGGGGCAAUGAACUCCAACAGCGCGCGGGAGGUCACUCCAAGUUCAAGCUUAUUGUACGCACGACGAUUUGUGCUGUCCUGUUUGCUGUCCCCUUCUGUGUCUCGAUCCCUUCCUCUCCGCUGUUGAAACUCUCACAGGCGCAGGACGCAAAGAAGACGCUCAUCCCGCGCAUGAUGAGUGAUUUCUUCUAUGUGAACUUUAUCGCUAGCGGGUGCGCCUACUACUUUCUCAUAGAACCUCGUAUCACGAACGAGAAGGCGAAGAAGGGGUUUAUGCCGUAUCUCGGCCCUCUCUCUGCACAGGUGCCAGGGCUAUCGUGUCUUGUGCUCUCUCAUUUCUUUUAUCCGGGAAUGUGGGCAGUGUUUAACGAACGAACAUGGCGCGAGCGCCGGAGGGAGUUUGUUCGUCUUAACACAAAAUGUUUUUUUGCAUAUGCUCCUAUUCACAUACCCGCCGCAGUUGCCAUUGGCGCCGGCGUAGGCGUCGUGCUUUACCCGUUCAAAUUCUUUAAGAAGUAG